AAUUACAAUUGUGACUAUCCGAAAUUAUAUUUAUGGAUAGUCAAACCAAUGUUUUAAAUGCGAUAAACACCUUCUUACUGUAGGAGGAGCAGUGACGUGAAUAACAAGCGUCAGUACUUUCACUACAUCAGUAGCAUACUUUCGAUUCGCGAUCUUGGUAACAACACGUGAAUCCUAAGGAAUAUAUUCGGAUUCUGACCAGAAUCAUGUGGUCAGGUCUGCAGGCAGAUGUUCCUCUGGCUGUGGUUGAGGAGAUCCUCCUGAAUCUGCCUGCUCAUCAGGUGGUGCGAGUCUGUAGUCUGGUGUGUCGUGAGUGGAAGGAGCUGGUGGACAGUGCUUCACACUGGAGAGAGCGCUGUCGCAGAGAGAGGAUCCAGCCUUGUGAUGCUUCCAGAACACCAGAUGACUGGCGCUUGUUUUACUUUAUAACUAAGAAUCGACGCAACUUGCUCAAGAAUCCCAGAGCAGAAGAUAAACUUAAAGGAUGGAAGAUUGUACAGAAUGGAGGUGACUGCUGGGUUGCGGAGGAAAAUAGGAAACCAUUUCCAGAUGAGACAGUCACAAAAUGUUAUGUAACAUCUUAUGGGUUAUGUUUGAAGCAACAGCUUAUUUAUUUGAAGAAAGAAGGCUACAGUGAUGCUUUCAUGGAUCAGCUGCAACCUCAUAUCAAAAUAUCAGACUGGUAUGCACCACGCUUUGAUUGUGGGUGUCAGUAUGAGAUCUGUGUAGAGUUGCUUGAUCAGAGGAAAAAACCUAUCUGUACUUUUCAGCCUGAGAAAGUUUUUUUUGAACAGUGGAAUGAUGAGCCAUGGUGUCAAAUGACACACGUCUUUAAGGAUUAUGGACCUGGGGUUCGGUUUAUCCGUUUCACUCAUGGAGGGGUGGAUACACAGUUUUGGGCAGGCUGGUUUGGGAUACGAGUCACUAACAGUAGUGUUGAGAUCUGUCCAGCUGAAGAGAGAUAGUGUUUUACUGUCUGAAUUUUUUCUGAUAUGAGAAAUCCUGUUAUAUGUAACCAUGAACUUAAAAGCCUUAUGGAAAUUAUAAGUGCAUCUCAGUGUUUAAAGUGUAUGUCUCACGGAAGAAACUAAAUUGUUGAAAAAAGUCA